AUGUCCUCUGAUGUCGUGCGCGCUGCUCUCGCCAAACUGGAACUGAGCCAGUCGUGUCCUUGGCUCCGUCUGUCCCUAGAACAUGCCGAGGACGUGAAUGCGGUACAGGAGACCUCACCAGAGGCUUCGGAGUUUCUAAAUGCGCAGCUGGGAUCCUGCAUAGACCGUUUGCUAUCUUUCUUCCUGAAGAAGUACGGCAACUUUGCCGAUCUGCCCCGUCCUGCACUGGAAAUCGUCCUGCACGCGCCUGUCUACACUUGCGAGCAAGCAGAGCAGCUCUGCCCGAACCCAGAGAUGAAUGGAGGAAAGGCGAUGCAGAUGAAAAAUCUUUUUCUGAAGGACAAGAAGAAGAAUUUCUUCUUGGUAUCUGCUGCUGUCAACACGGAGAUCAAACUGAAAGCAGUGAAAUUUGCCAAGCAGGUGAGCUUUGCUUCAGCAGAGGCACUUGAGGAAAAACUGAAGCUACUACCCGGCAGUGUGACACCCUUUGGCUUGCUGAACGACGAGGCGGGUGAGGUGCAGUUCCAUCUGGACCCCAAGGUCUUGGCGGACGAGGGCGAGAGCUGCCCCACCGUCGGCUUCCAUCCGAAUGCUUGCAAUGCCACGGUAUACAUGCAAGCUGUGGACUUUGUGGAGUUUCUGGAGAAGGAGACCUCUCACAGGGUCAACAUACUGGACCUGGAUUGA